AUGCCUCGCACAACAGUCGAGGUUACGUCGUUCCCUGUUCCCUCGAAUGCUGCCGCUGGAGCUGCUUCUAUGGGGGCUCCGAAGUUGUUGCCUUCCCAUUAUGGGUAUGAGGCCAAAAUGGACGAUACUGACAGACGCUUUCAGAUGUUUUAUAUUCGGAAUUGGUGUCCCGGUCGCAGUGUGUUGGAAGACACAAACCCGUGGCUAAAGGAUUUCGCCCCCAUGCACAAAAGCCCUGGCGUCCGAUCGGCCAUCCAGAGUCUAGCUGGUAUUUAUAUCUACGACUAUUUGCCCCUAGAUUCCAUUCGCGACAGAGUCAAUCAGCGGUUCUCAGAAGCCGAGCAGCGACUUUCUCAGCUGCUCAACGACUCAACCACCGCCCAGAAUGAAGCGCAAGCCAAUGAAUUCAUUACCAUCGUCGCCAUACUCUCUAUGCAGGAUAUUAUCUUGACAGAACGCCGCCUGAAGAAUCCAUCUUCUCCUCGUUGGCUUCAAGGCUUCCGCCAAGGAGAGAAGUUCCUUCAGGCAACCGAUCAUGGGUCGAGAUUUUGGAAGUUGUCAAACAUGCAAUCAUCGUCGUUGCGAAUCUCGCAGUCCAUCAUUGUUGGCCGAGCAGUCAUCUUGGCCCAACCCAUGUCUCCAUAUCCCCUCCACACAGGUUCAAUGCCCAGCAAGAGGCUACUUGAUUCGAUCGGCUGCUCCCCUGUUCGCCAUACUCUCUAUGCAGGAUAUUAUCUUGACAGAACGCCGCCUGAAGAAUCCAUCUUCUCCUCGUUGGCUUCAAGGCUUCCGCCAAGGAGAGAAGUUCCUUCAGGCAACCGAUCAUGGGUCGAGAUUUUGGAAGUUGUCAAACAUGCAAUCAUCGUCGUUGCGAAUCUCGCAGUCCAUCAUUGUUGGCCGAGCAGUCAUCUUGGCCCAACCCAUGUCUCCAUUGGCCCCUCCACACAGGUUCAAUGCCCGGCAAGAGGCUUCUCGAUUCGAUUGGCUGCUCCAUGGUACGGAUAA